AUGGCUAAUCCCGCGUUACAGCCAGAUCUAGAUCUCAUAGCUGGCUAUGAGGUCUACCCCGAGCAGACAUAUGACCCCAAGACUGCUGCCAGCCUGAGACACCAAACACAUCCCCUCGACCAGCUUUCGAUGCAGGAAAUCUCCCACGCGGUCAAGAUGAUCCGCGACAAGGCGAGCCCUGCCGAGGUCAAGUUCAACUGCGUCACUCUUCGCGAGCCGCGCAAGGCCGAGUACGCCGCCUUCAAGGCCGGUUCUGGUCCCCGCCCGGAGCGCAAGGCUUUCGCCAUCAUCAUUCAGCGAGGCAGCAACAGCUGCGCUGAGGUGGUUGUCAAUCUGACAAACUCCACCAUUGAAUCGUGGAAGCCCGUCAGCGAAGUUGCCCCCACCUUGACACUCGAGGACCUCGAUGUCAUGGAGCGCAUCUCUCGCAAGGACCCCCGCGUCAUCCGCGCCUGCGAAGAAAUUGGCAUCACCGACAUGUCCAAGGUAUACUUGGAUGGCUGGGCCGUUGGCUUCGACGACCGCUGGGAUUUCAGCCGCCGCUUGCAACAGGGUCUUGCCUACUACCGCCACUCUCCCAACGAUAACCAGUACGCCCACCCUUUGGAUUUCUGCGUUGUCGCCGACACUGAGACCGAGGAGGUCCUCAGCGUCGACAUCCGCUAUGUCAAUGGUGAGCGCACGCUGCCUCCUCUGGACCAGCACAACUUCCUCCCUGAGUUCAUCGAGCAGGGCUAUAACACCACCAAGCUCAAGCCUCUGGACAUCACCCAGCCUGAAGGCGUUUCUUUCCAGAUUCGCGGCAACGAACUCUCGUGGGCUGGCUAUAAGAUGCACAUUGGCUUCAACUACCGCGAAGGCAUCGUCAUCUCCGACGUCCGCAUCGACGACCCUUAUGAGGCUCGUGAGCGCACUCUUUUCAACCGAAUUAGUGUUGUCGAAAUGGUUGUUCCUUAUGGCAACCCCGACCCCCCUCAUCACAGAAAGCAUGCCUUUGACGUCGGCGAGUACGGUACCGGUCUCAUGACCAACUCGCUGAAGCUCGGAUGCGACUGCAAGGGUGCCAUCCACUAUAUGGACGGCAUCAUGUCUACUUCGAGCGGUCUCCCCGCUGUACUCAAGAACGCCAUCUGCAUUCACGAAGAGGAUAAUGGCAUCCUCUACAAGCACAUGGACUACCGCGACGCCAGCACUGUCUUGGCGCGCGAUCGCAAGCUCAUCAUCUCCCAAAUCAUCACUGCCGCCAACUACGAAUAUGCCUUCUACCACACAUUCACCUUGGAUGGAACCUAUAAGCUUGAGAUUAAGCUCACAGGCAUCCUCAACUCGUAUUGCCUACACCCUUCGGAGACUGCGGCCCCUUACGGGACCGAGGUUGCCCGUGGCAUCACCGCCCACAACCACCAGCACAUCUUCUCUCUUCGCGUUGAUCCCGAAAUUGACGGCACCAACAACACGGUUAUUCAGAAUGAUGCCGUUACGUCAGAGGCGCCGCUGGGCUCGGCCGAGAAUCCGUACGGCAACGGCUUUUACUGCAAGAAGACGCCGCUGCGCACGGCCAAGCAGGGCGCCGUUGAGUACAAGCACGAGACGAGCCGCAACUGGGACAUUGUCAACCCCAAUGUCAUCAACGAGGUGUGCCACAAGCCCGUCGGCUACAAGAUUGUCAACACGCAGUGCCCCGCGCUGCUUGCCAAGCCUGGCAGCAUGGUGUACAAGCGCGCCGGGUUCGCUACUAAGAGCCUGUUUGUACUGCCCUACAAGGACUAUGAGCUAUUCCCCGCCGGCGACUACGUCUGUCAAUCCACCGGCGAGCCUGGCCACCCAGACUCGUCAGUCAUUACCGACUGGGUCGAGCGCGACGAAAAUAUAGAAAACACGGACAUUGUCUGCUACGUGCAGUUUGGCCUAACGCACUUUCCCCGCUGCGAGGACUUUCCGCUCAUGCCCGCCGAGCCCGUCAUGAUUAUGAUUCGCGCGUCGAAUUUCUUUGUGCGGAAUCCGGCGCUGUGGGUUCCUCCCUCGACUGUCGUCAAAGAUCUGAGCUCGCGCACAGCAUUUCUCACCACAAGCAAUGAGAGCAACGGCAAUUGCUGCGUUGGCAAGAAGACGCCGGAUUCACACCUGUAA